AUGUUCCCUAAGCCCGGUGCUUUUCAACCACUCAUAGCUGGUCCUUUGAUUUUCAAGCUUCACGCUUCAAAUAAAAAACACUCUCACAAGACCUCCCGUGUUGUACACGACCCUUCUAUCAUCAUGCAGCUCUCCUCCCGCUUCGUCACCCUCGCUGUUGCUCUGGCCUACAGCACGUCCGGCGUGCUCGCUCUCCCAGUCGCCUCGAACGAGAUUGCUGCACGGGACAUCGACUACGACCUCGAGGUCCGUGAGGCGGACUUUGAGGUCUCCGAGUUCGCAGCUCGUGAGCUUCCCAACCUGACCAUCGAAAUCCGUGACUACGAUGAGGAACUCGAUGCUCGUGCUACCCCUGUCACGCCCGUCACUCCUGUUACCCCUGUUACCCCCGUCACCCCGGUUACUCCUGCUACCCCCGUCACUCCUGCUACCCCGGUUACUCCUGUUACGCCGGUGACGCCAGUGACGCCCGCCACCCCGGCUACGCCUUCUACUCCUUUUACCCCUUCGAAGUCCACGACUAAACUCACGAAGGCCCAAAUCGCGAAGCAGAAGGCUUACAAGGCCGCCCUCUUCGACAAGCAUGACCCUCUCCACUCCGCCGCGAAGGCCAAGGCCCAGAAGGCGCACGCUACCUACAAGGCCGCUCUCGCCGACCCCAAGCACCCCCACCACGCUCAAGCCAAGGCUCACGCCGAGAAGAAGGCCGCUCACAAAGCUGCCCUCGCCGACACCAAGCACCCCGAGCACGCCAAAGCUUUGGCAAAGGAGGCGAAGAAGACUCAGUUCCUGAAGCAGACCAAGGCCAAGACGCACCAGAAGGCUCUCGCCGACCCCAAACACCCGCUUCACAAGGUCGCCAAACAGCGCGAGGCGAAGAAGGCCGCGUUCAAGACCGCUCUCGCCGACCCCAAACACCCUCAGCACGCUAAAGCCAAGGCGCACGUCGAGAAGAAGGCUGCCCACAAAGCUGCCCUCGCCGACCCCAAACACCCCCACCACGCCAAAGCAUUGGCGAAGGAGGCGAAGAAAGUGAAGACGGCGAAGAAGACCCCAGUCAAAUCGAGCGUCCUGAAGCAGAGCAAGCUGUCGAAACAAACCAAGCUGUCGAAGCAGACCAAGUUGUCGAAGCAGAGCAAGACCACGGCACACAAGAAGGCGCUCGCCGACCCCAAACACCCGCUUCACAAGGUCGCCAAGCAGAAAGAGGCGGAGAAGGCGAAGAAGGCUGCCCACAAAGCCGCCCUCGCUGACCCGAAACACCCCAAGCACAAGGAGGCCGUCAAGCAACAGAAGAAGCUCGAGGCGACGUACAAGAAGGCGCUGACCAACAAGAAGAGCCCGCACUACGCUGCCGCCUGGGCCCAGGAGUCGAAGAAGGUCCGCGAGAAGACGCAGAAGCAGCGCGACGCCUACAGGGCUGCCCUCAAGGACCCCAAGAACCCCAAGCACGCCGCCGUCGCCGCUAAGGAGGCGAAGAAGGCGGCCUUCCGGGCAGCGCUCGCGGACCCGAAGAACCCGAAGCACGCGGAGGCGCUCAAGAAGCAGAAGGUGGCGGCCGAGUCGUACAGGAACGCGCUCAAGGACAAGAAGAACCCGCUGCACGCUGUCGCGAUGGCGCGCGAGGCCGAGAAGACCAAGUGGGAGAACGCGCUCAAGGACCCGAAGAACCCCGACCACGCUGCAGCUUUGGCGAGGAAGGCGGCCAACGCUGAGUUCAGGAAGGCGCUCGCUGACCCCAAGAACCCCAAGCACGCUGAGGCGCUUGCGAAGCAGCAGAGCCUUGGAAUUUCCAACCCUUUCCGCGCCAACCUCUUGUUGUAA